UGCAAUGCUAACCUCCAGCCACCAGAGGCCGCUGUGGGGAGUUACUGUAUGUUCGCUAUGCGCUGUGACUAGCAGUAGAGCGGCGGGCACGCUGGUGUGUGUGCGCGUCACUUUGCACAACAAGCCGGAGGCCGCUUUCCCCGUUUCUCUCCUUGCUACACCGUGCGGGCCCGGGGCCCCUAACCAGCAGCCAGGAUGCCGCGAAUUAUGAUAAAAGGCGGGGUGUGGCGGAACACCGAGGAUGAAAUCCUCAAAGCGGCUGUUAUGAAAUAUGGGAAAAACCAGUGGUCUCGUAUUGCUUCCUUGCUGCACAGGAAAUCGGCCAAACAGUGCAAAGCCCGAUGGUAUGAAUGGCUUGACCCAAGCAUCAAAAAGACAGAAUGGUCCCGAGAAGAAGAGGAGAAACUACUUCAUCUGGCCAAGCUGAUGCCAACUCAGUGGAGGACAAUCGCUCCUAUCAUAGGAAGAACAGCCGCCCAGUGCCUUGAGCACUAUGAAUAUUUACUAGAUAAAGCUGCGCAACGUGACAAUGAGGAGGAGUCCGCAGACGAUCCUCGCAAGCUUAAGCCAGGAGAAAUUGAUCCAAAUCCUGAAACAAAGCCAGCAAGGCCAGAUCCAGUGGACAUGGAUGAAGAUGAGCUUGAGAUGCUCUCGGAGGCUAGAGCUCGUCUUGCCAACACUCAAGGCAAAAAAGCCAAGAGGAAAGCACGAGAAAAGCAGCUGGAAGAAGCCAGACGUCUUGCAGCCCUACAGAAGAGGAGAGAGCUUCGAGCUGCCGGAAUCGAAAUUCAGAAGAAGAGGAAAAAGAAGCGCGGCGUGGACUACAACGCCGAAAUCCCAUUUGAAAAGAAGCCUGCCCCCGGGUUCUAUAAUACAUCUGAAGAAAACUAUGAUGCCUUGAAUGCCGACUUCAGAAAACUCCGCCAGCAAGACCUGGAUGGCGACCUCAGAUCAGAAAAGGAAGCAAGAGACCGGAAGAAAGACAAACAGAACAUUAAAAGGAAGAAGGAAUCUGAUUUGCCAUCAGCCAUUCUUCAGACAACUGGGGGAGUCUCGGAACUUACUAAGAAGAGAAGCAAAUUAGUUCUGCCUUCCCCUCAGAUUUCAGAUGCUGAACUGGAAGAAGUGGUAAAGAUCGGGCAAGCGAGUGAAAUAGCUCGUCAGACGGCAGAGGAGUCGGGUAUAACCAAUUCCGCUUCCAGCACGUUACUGUCGGAAUACAAUGUCGCCAAUAAUAGUGUGGCCCUCAGGACGCCCAAGACACCAGCCGCGCAGGACCGCAUACUGCAGGAAGCGCAGAAUCUGAUGGCCCUCACCAAUGUGGAUACACCAUUAAAGGGAGGUCUCAACACUCCUCUUCACGAAAGCGAUUUUUCAGGAGUUACACCUCAAAGACAAGUGGUACAGACGCCCAACACUGUGCUGUCCACACCAUUCAGAACACCUUCCCAGAGCUCGGAAGGAAUUACCCCUCGGGGUGGCAUGACUCCCAAACCAGUUAUAGGGGCUACACCUGGAAGGACUCCGCUGCGGGACAAGCUGAACAUUAAUCCAGAGGAUGGGACAGUGGAUUAUAAUGACCCCUCUUACAUAAAACAAAUGGAAAGGGAAUCUCGGGAGCACCUGCGGCUCGGCUUGCUCAACCUCCCAGCGCCAAAAAAUGACUUUGAGAUCGUAUUGCCGGAAAAUGCAGAGCGGGAGCUGGAGGAACGAGAUCAAGACGAUUCCUUCGUAGAAGAUGCUGCUGACAUAGAGGCCAGAAAGCAGGCGAUCAGAGAAGCGCAACGAGCAAAGGAGCUCAAGAACCGGCACAACGCAGUGCAAAAGGAUUUGCCUCGACCAUCAGAGGUGAAUAAAACGAUCCUGAGGCCUGUCAAUGUGGAGCCGCCGCUUACAGAUCUGCAGAAAAGCGAAGAGAUGAUCAAAAAGGAAAUGAUAGUGAUGCUCCAUUACGACACCAUCCACAACCCUUAUGCCGAUAACGUCGGGGGAAAGAGAGGGAAGGCUCCCGGCUCAGCGGCUACCAAUGCAGAAAGCCUUGCCUUCCUCGAACAAAGCCCCUAUGAUAAGUUUUCUAAGGAGGAACUCAAGCUUGCGGAGGAUCUCCUGCAACAAGAGAUGGAAGUGGUGAAGCAAGGUAUGGGCCACGGGGACCUCUCCAUCGACUCCUACAAUCAGGUGUGGGAGGAAUGCUACAGCCAGGUGUUGUACCUUCCUGGGCAAGGGCGUUACACACGGGCCAACCUGGCCAGCAAGAAGGACAGGAUUGAAUCGCUUGAGAAGAGGCUAGAGAUAAAUCGAGGUCACAUGACAGCAGAAGCCAAAAGGGCAGCCAAGAUGGAGAAGAAACUGAAGAUCUUGCUCGGUGGCUACCAGUCCCGGGCGAUGGGGCUUAUCAAACAGCUGAAUGAGAUUUGGGAUCAGUACGAACAGGCAAACCUGGAACUGGGAACGUUCGAAGAACUCAAAACGCACGAAGACAUCGCCAUUCCUAGGAGGAUAGAGUGCCUGAAAGAGGACGUCCAGCGCCAGGAAGAGCGAGAGAGGGAGCUGCAGCAGAGAUUUGCCGAGCUGAUGCUGGAGAAGGAAAGCUACGAAUCCAUACUGUGAUCCCACCCACGCCAUUUCUCAGCCCGUCGGCCGUGUUUGCAUGCGCGCAUCAUUGCUGUCCGUGAUUAAAGCACAGAGACCCGCGCUGUGUCGGCUGCUACUUUGUGUCUGCUUCGUUUUUAUAAGGAAUGUUCUAUUUUGUGCAGCAGAACAUUCAUUUGGCAGCCAUCUUGUGUCACCUGUGUAUCUCCGAAAUCUCCGCUGUGCUCGGUUGGUUUGAAGCAAACUCUGAGACGCGAGUACAGACAAGAUGAAGUGCGUUUUUAUUUUUGGUUAUCGAGAGGCACUCUGUUUUUUUUUGUUAUUGAGUUCUCCCAAGUGCAGUCGUUUUCCUGCUUUUAUUGGCGGCGUCCGUUUGAGAGUGAAUAGUGAUACAUUAGGAUCGUUAUAUUCUGCCCCCUAUGAUUGUGAGCUUUCACAGGUCAAACCGAAUUGAUUCAUUCCAGUAAAUUCAUUUGCCGCUAGUGAUAAAUUGUUCGUUAAUCUCAGAGGUUUCGCCGGAAGAUUACUGAUGUUAAAUAAACAGUCCUGUAAAAUGAA